AUGUCGAGUGCCAGCCGCGCAGCUCUGCUGCUGUUUCUGGUCCUCGGCUUCGCGACCAGCGUCUCGGCGUUUGGCGCAGGCUCCGUCGCCGACGGCAGCAACUUUAAAGAAUUUGUUUGGCGUCAUGGCGACAUUGUCGAGGUUCUGCGCUUCUUGCCUUCAAGUAUCGUCACCAACAUUGGCUUCACUCAGCUGCAGAGGCGGCAAAUAUAUUUUGGCAACUGGCUGCGCGACUUCUCGCAGGUUGUGGAUGCAACUUGUUUGGAGAAUAUCCCCGAGUCGAUCCUUCGCGCCAUUGUCUCCAUAUUGGCCAUGAUGGAAUUCGGAUAUGCGACGGACGAAUUUGACGUUACGAGAGAAAGGCUUGGCUGCUACAGACAUGUCGAGCACAUUGACAAUCCUUGCGGCUACAGCGACAACGCCCAAUCAAUUGAUCCUCGGCUCAGAGGUCCCGUGGAUCCCGUCGAGCUCGAGUUCGAUCCGGAAACUGGCAUGAAAAAUUACAUUGCAAACUCUGGCAACUCGUGGGAGACGUCUUCGGACUAUAUCCGUGACCAGCUAAGCAAGUGUAUCGACCUCGGCCGUCGUGGCAGGGCUGGUGACCAUGCCGCGCAAAAGGAAUCUUUUAUACACCUCGGAGCUGCACUUCAUACACUCGAGGAUUUUCCGGCGCAUAGCAACUACAUCGAACUUUGUCUACAGGAGCUUGGUGAGGAAGACGUCUUUGCCUUUGUUGGCGACGCCUGCCGAUUGCCGCUCCCGUCAAGUCUUCAGAGCGACCGCAAAGUGGCCCCUCUCGUCACGGGCACUUUCGGCAUGCUCGACAUCUUUCAUAGCCUGCUUGGAGAAGCCGAUGAUAUGGCAAUCCUACAAUCCCAAGGGUCGCUGAACCAAGUACAGACUCAUCUCGGCUUCGGCGCUACAGCUUUCGAUCAACUCUUCGAUGCGAUAGAGACUGGGAUUGCCUCGAUUCAAACAUUCUCAUUCUCAACAGAAAAUAAUGCCCUCGUCAACCAGCUAAAGACAGUUCACAUGGUAUUACAGAAACUCAAACCAGAGUCACCUACUUCAUCUGAUGACGAGGACGUCGUUGCUGAUGAUAACGAAAACUCUUCUGUUGACACCACCAAGUCGAAACCUUCCAUUGAUCCCUCCCUUGUUUGGCAGGCUCUUGAGCCCCUCUUCUUCUUUCAUGACCGAAUGAAGAAGUGGUUGAAAGAGGUCGCCAGCGGCGAUGACCAGGAAUUGUCUGGAAAUUCAAGCUCCGAAAUGAGCGACCUGACCAAUCAAUUAGUCUUCAAGGCCAUGCGCAUCGUCAUCGAAUCUUCUGUCAAAGAAUUGCGGGCUACACUGCGAGCAGCCAAGGCUAGGGUAGACAAGGAAGCAGCGUCUUCUGGCUCAGCAGCCGUCUUUGAUAAAGACUCGUCCGCCUCGGACCCUAGCCACUCUGAUCUAUCCAAGGACCACUUUUGCAAUGUUCUCAACAGACCAGCAGGGCUUAUUGCAACCGUGACUACGAAUUGGACAACACAACAAAUCGUCAAGUGUUGGGAUAACACUGACUCAGACGCAGACAAGGUUAUUGACGAAAUUCUCACAAUCAUGCAUCACCCAGCAUUCGUCAAGGACAAGUCUCAAAUACAGGAAUACAUGUAUACGACGGUGGAUCAUUGGUGGAAGGACUUGCCAGAAGCGGAACGCUCGCUUCUGCGCGAGAAGCUCACAAAGGACAGCGUGCGAGCGCGUGAGCACGAAGACCAUCACCUGUUGGUGCAGCCCAACGGCCGACAAGGACCUGGGCACUUUCCAGGGUCAAAAGCAACGGUUGUACAGGCCAAGCCUAGAAGGUCUUUUCCACUGGAGUGGGCGCUCAAGGAGAUUGUGGCUGAUUCUUUGUGGGUAUUCGAAACGGUUACCAAGUAUCUCUUGCUGCCUUUUAAAUUAGCUGCCCUUGCCAAACGUGGGGUCUCUCGGUUCUUUGCUUCAUUGACUAGAAAGCCCAGAAAGCAGCAGUCAACACCACAAUAA